GCGCCGCCUCCGCCGGGGGAGCGCGGAGGAGAAGGGAAGGAAGGCAGGGAUCAUGCACGGGGGGAUAAGGCGCUAGGGGCAGGAGGCGGGUGGUCGCCCGGAGACUCCGCACCUCGGGAGUGACGUCCUGCUGCAGUGCCGCCGCCUGCCUACGCUGCCCGAGCUCGUCAAUGGAGCUGGAAAACAUCGUUGCCAACACCGUCUUGCUGAAAGCCAGGGAAGGGGGUGGAGGGAAACGCAAAGGCAAAAGCAAAAAGUGGAAGGAAAUCUUGAAAUUCCCUCACAUUAGCCAGUGUGAAGAUCUCCGAAGAACAAUAGAGAGAGAUUACUGCAGCAUAUGUGAAAAGCAGCCGAUCGGAAGGCUUCUCUUUCGGCAGUUCUGUGAAACUCGACCUGAGCUCGAGUGCUGCAUUAGGUUCCUUGACUCGGUGGCAGAAUAUGAAAUUGCUCCAGAUGAAAAGCUGGGAGAGAAAGGAAAGGAAAUCAUGAUGAAAUACCUCACCCCAGAGUCUCCAGCCUGCGUUCCCGAAGUCAGUCAAGAUCUUAUCCAGCAGACAGAGGAGAAGCUGGAGAACAGCCCCUGCAAAGAGCUAUUCUCUCACUGCACAAAAUCUGUCCUUGACCACCUCAGUGGGGAACCAUUCCAAGAAUACCUAAACAGCAUGUACUUCGACAGGUUUCUCCAGUGGAAGUGGUUGGAAAGGCAACCAGUAACGAAAAACACGUUUCGGCAGUACAGGGUACUAGGGAAAGGUGGCUUCGGGGAGGUCUGCGCUUGCCAAGUCCGAGCGACAGGGAAGAUGUACGCCUGCAAGAGAUUAGAGAAGAAGAGAAUAAAAAAGAGGAAAGGCGAAUCCAUGGCACUAAAUGAAAAGCAGAUUUUAGAAAAAGUCAAUAGUCAGUUCGUAGUCAAUUUAGCCUAUGCCUAUGAAACAAAGGAUGCACUGUGUUUAGUUCUGACCAUAAUGAAUGGAGGUGACCUGAAGUUUCACAUCUACAACAUGGGAAACCCAGGCUUUGAGGAGGAAAGAGCUUUGUUUUAUGCAGCAGAGAUUCUUUGUGGCUUAGAAGACCUACACAGAGAAAAUACUGUGUACAGAGAUUUGAAGCCAGAAAAUAUCCUGCUAGAUGAUUAUGGCCAUAUUAGAAUAUCUGAUUUGGGUCUAGCUGUUAAAAUUCCUGAGGGUGAAUCAAUCCGUGGAAGAGUAGGAACAGUAGGAUAUAUGGCUCCAGAAGUGUUGAACAACCAGAGAUACACACUCAGCCCUGACUACUGGGGACUAGGCUGUCUCAUUUAUGAAAUGAUUGCUGGGCAAUCACCAUUUCGUGGAAGGAAAGAGAAGGUGAAGAGGGAAGAAGUGGACAGAAGAGUGCUGGAGACAGAAGAGGUGUACUCCCAUAAGUUUUCUGAGGAGGCCAAGUCCAUCUGUAAAAUGCUCCUCACCAAAGACGUGAAGCAGCGGCUAGGAUGUCAAGGGGAAGGUGCCACAGAAGUGAAGAGGCACCCCUUUUUCAAGAGCAUGAAUUUCAAGCGGUUAGAAGCAGGAAUGCUGGAUCCUCCCUUUGUCCCUGAUCCCAGAGCAGUAUACUGCAAGGAUGUGUUAGACAUUGAGCAGUUCUCCACAGUGAAAGGAGUUAACCUGGACCAAACAGAUGAUGACUUCUAUUCCAAGUUUUCCACAGGAUCAGUGUCUAUUCCAUGGCAAAAUGAGAUGAUAGAAACAGAGUGUUUCAAAGAACUGAAUGUAUUUGGACCAAAUGGUACUAUUUCACCAGACCUAAACAAAAGCUACCCCCCAGAGCCACCCAAGAAGGGAUUGCUACAGAGAAUAUUUAAACGACAGCAUCAGAACAAUUCAAAGAGUUCUCCAAAUUCAAAGGCCAGUUUAAAUCACCACAUAAAUUCAAAUCACGUAAGUUCAAAUUCCACUGGAAGCAGCUAGUUCCAACUCAGUUUUGUGAAACAACAUGUUGCAUCCUUCCACUAUAAUCUAUGGAGCUUCUAUGGAUGAGAGAGCCUCCACCGUUGAGUGAAAAAAAAAAGGAUCUCCCAAAAAUGGAGAUUUUCUAUCCAUUCCUUCCAGUGGAGCCUCGCAUUUUAAGAAGAAUUUUCCACUCAGGUCUGUUUUUGGAGGUGGCACUCAAGACUGUGUGAAUCAAAUUUGUCUAUUUAGAACAUUGCAAUAGAAAUUCAAUGAACAUGACUACUUGCACGUAUUUAAAUAGCAUCAUACUAGAACUGAAUUUUGUCUUUAUUAUUUUUAAAGAAAAGUUUUGUAAAUUUCUCUAUUGUCUCAGUUUACAUUUUGUACAUUUGUAUUUAAAUGAAAGUCAGACUUUGGAGGUGUAUAUUUUCCAAGCAGCAGCUGUAAAGCCAUGUGUUUUAAGACAUUUUUUUAAAAGAAAAAAAAAAAUGUGACUCAAGACUUCCAGAGCCUCAAACGAGAAAUCAUUCUUUUUAGUAAUUCUAGAAAAUUAUUCAUAAAUCACUUUAUCAGACUGGGUUUUAUUGACAUGCAUUUUUAUGGAACAGUUUAUUCUUAAUUAUUUUACAUCUGUAUAUUUGGUUUACAGCAACACUGCAUACAUUUCUCCUCUUCAUUAGUUUGUAAUGUCUCGCAUUAAAUGCUAAAAGACAAGAUUUUGAUGCAUUCAAGAAUGCUACUUGCUAUGCCUAAGAUUUGUGAUGUCAUGGGACCAGCACAGCUGAGAUUUGCACUUACUUACGUUGUUAGCUCAUCAAAACCUUUUUAGUUAGAAAGGGAACCCUAUUUUAAGCCCUUCUCCUUCACUAGUCUUUGUGCUGUUUCUAAUGACAGCAAGAACAAAGCUGAGGGAUAGGUGACCAGGAAAGCAAACGACCAUUUGUUUUUCAAGGACUUGAAACCUGCACCUGCUGAAAUGAGAACAAAACUCAAAGUGUUCUCCAUGCUGCAGUCCAAAGUCCUAGACCUUUCCACAGUUGCCCAUAUCAAACAGGUAGCAAGAGAGAAAAUCACUAGACUGGUUUGUGCUGACCAUGAGAUUCAUGACAGCUUUCUGGAGCUGAGCUGUGGAGGUUCAGAGUGGGAUCUGAGCUGCUUUUGAGCAGUAGCAGAACCUGUAGGUUGUGUCUGCACUUAGAGUACUUCCAUGUGUCAUGCCAAACUCACCAUGACUCGUCCCCUCAAUUAGAUCUUCAACUUAAUUGAAUAAACUGUCAGUUAUGAAAUAAGACCUCCCACUUUUGGUUCCAUCAUUCUUUGUCCAGGAUCCUUUAACCAUUGAUGAAAACAUUGUUCCCACCAGUAUAAACAGGAUCAGUCGGGAUCAGUAGCAGUACCUCAGGCAUCUGAAUCAUGCUCUUCUCAAGUAUGCCACUAUCUACUAAGAACACCAGAUCAAAAAUGUGGUUACUUCCCUUCAACAGGAAUUGGAAAACCUUUGUCCCCCCAGGUGCAGACAGGAUCUCUGUAGCCCAGCGUGUUCUCUAAAACAUGUUCAUUCACCAUGCUCUUGACAAUGUUGGCUAGAGUAUACUGAUGAUUUUACACCUUUAGGUCAUCAGGAACAUCUGAAGAUCAGUCUGGUGUGUCUAAAACCCUGUUAGCUAGCAGCUCAGUUAUCCCAGGGUACAAGGAAGCACUGUUCCAGUAGAAGUCUUAAUAGCCAAAAUUCAUUAGACUGUCAUGUAUAUGUUCUAUCUGGCCAAUGCAGAGAGGAAAAAAGAUGCAGGUUAGUAGUGGCAAAUCUCUGAGUGAGAAAGACACAGGAAUUGCAUACCAAACCAGCUUGAGGUCAUGAGAGAGAGACAUACAACAGGGACAGGAUUUUUAUAAAGCAGCUGACAGAUAAAAGUCAAGAAAGGGAGGUGAGGCUUUGGUGCCUUUAUCAGGAGCAAAGUAGAUUAAGAUGCAAGUCCACAUCAUUUGAAAAGCCUCCAGUUUUCCUGGUCAUUCAUAGACAUGUAGUGAAGGUGUGUAAGCUUGCCAUAAUAUCACCAAGAAGUUGUUCCUCUUUUUCCUUUGGAUCAGUGUGGUCCAGAAAAUUCCUUUUCCCUGUAUUGGUGGUGCUCAGGGAGAGCUUCGACCACUCUCCCGUGUCAGAUGAUGGCAUUGCAGAUCUUACGGAAGAUGCAAGAUUUUAGAGAGAUAGUAAUAGAUGAGAAUUUUGAGUCAUUUUCUCUCUCUGUAUCAGCUAUAAACUAAACCUAUAAUGGUUUCAGCUUCCUGACAGGAGGGGUAUGAAAUAUUGUAGAGGUGAAAGCCGCUAUAGACAGAUAGGGCUAUUACUUCCACUUCUGUUCUCAUGGCCUGGUGUAAAGCUACCUAAGUCAACAGGAAUCUGAUCAGUCACUUGAGCAUGCUCUGGAUGAAGACAUACUUGCUCUGGGAGGUUUUCACAGGCCUUCUUCAAUGACAUACGGGAUUUCACCUGAUUUCAAGAAAUGUAGGUGAGAUGUGGAGAAACAGAUCUUAGCCAGACAACGGACGUAUAUCAGUGUAGCUGAGACAAGACAAAACACACAUCUUAGUUCUUCUUCGAGAGCUGCAAAUGUUGUGCAACUCCAAUCUGUUUCUAUCACUCUGAGACAUCGCCUUCUAGCAGUAUGGUAUACAAUAUGUUUGUGCACCCUCAGUUGAUUUCAUCCUCUACGCUGAUGCUAGGGGAAGAGGGUGCUGGAUGGGGGGAGCAGGGUGAAAGACUAAGCCUUUUUUUCCACCACUGCCGUUGUAUCACUCUGCAGCAACAGACAAGCAUAUUCCCCCAUCAGAAAAACGUGGCUGAUAAUAUCUACCUACCACCAUGAGGAAGGAAAAAAGACAGUUGGGGGAGGCUUAGCCCAUUAAUAUUUUAUUGGAUAAAUCUGAUAAAACUGCAGCUAUUGGCCCAAGGGCUUCAUCUCCUCCAUGUUACCCAUUUGCCACAUGAAGACUAAAUAUUCUUUCUUUACCAUCUCCCACUUAGGAAAUAAAAUCCUAAUAACAACAAACCCCUUACUGAAAGCUGGUGAACAAACUGCAAAUAUAGAUUGUAGAUGCCCUUGUACCUCUUAGAUGCUAUCAGCCUUAACUAGUGGUGGAUGACUUUUUAUAACAACAGCGAACGAUAGCGUACGUGCCUUCUCCUGCUCUUCUUUCAGCUGGGACAGUUCCUUACUCAGCUUACGUGCACCUGAAGUGUCAAGCCUGGGAUGAAGUCCCUCUGGAUCCCAGUCCUUGGGAAGCAGUGAGGGAGUAAGGGGAGAGACAGAAAACAAGACCAGUUGAGGGAGAUUUCAUGCUGCAUCCCUAAAGUGUUGCUAUCCUGUCUGACAAACUUCAAACAGUAUUGCAAUGCCGGGGCAGCAGAACUGUUGUAUUCUUUCAGUGUCCAAGCCCUGAAAGAUUUAAUCAAUAUCAUACAUCACUAGUGAUAAUGAACAGUCCUAGGAAUCUUCUAGUCAGGGUUUGCCUACAACUUUGCCUACAAAGUAUUUUGAUUCCAAGUGAAUAGUUUUUGAGGUGGAUUUGCACGUAACAAAGGAGCAGAAAGGAGUAGUUCUUUAAUAGCUUUCCAGACUGAUUAAUUGUCUGUAACUCCUUUCCAAUUACAAUACAAAUUCUUUCCAAAAAACGCGUAUGUUCAGAUCUGGUUGCUUGUUUUAAAUAGACAGAUGAGAAAACCUAACUCUUUUUAAGAAUCAGAAAUCUUUUGCAAUCUGAUCCUGAAUUGUGCAAGCAUUAUUUUUUAUUUUUAAAUCUUUACUGUGUAGUCUGAUGAACACUAAUUAGUUUACAGGCUUUUAUGAUUCAGAUGUUUGCUAUUCAUUUUCUACAGUGUCUCAAGGUUCACUUAAGUCCUGUAGCAUUUUUUCCCACUCUCUAGUUGGAUGAGAGGCUUUUUUAAACAAAGGGAUAACAAAGGAAAAAAAUAACAAAAAAUAAAACUCUUACCUGUGCACGCUUGACGUGAAUUAUCUAAAGAGAGAUUUUUUACAAGAAUGGCCAUGACUCAGAUGUUGUUUCUGAACAAAAACCUGCUUGUGAAGCUCGGAAAGGUGUGAAGAUAAUCAAACCAAACAGGUACUGGAGAUCAAACUGACCGUUAGGGAGCUGCAGAAUUCAGUAUCACAGUGUUCAUCUGGCCCUACUGGUGAAGGAUGCCUGGUAACUGACAGUUCAGAAACAAUACCAGCUACCUGUAAAAACAGCUUGAUACCAUCUCAAUUUGCAGCCGUCCCCUCCCCCAGAAAGGAUGGCUAAGAGUGCCAUCAGCAGUAGGGAAUCAAACUUGGCUGACCCAGUAAAGUGUCUGAUUCGAAGACACUGAUGCUUGAUGUCAUUCAACCAGACCUCAGGAUCCAGCUUGAAUUCUUCGCUUCAGCUGUCAAAGCCUUGCAUUUCAAAUCCAGUUGCUGUUGAUCUUUUUCAGUAGAGAUGCCUCAGCUAAAAAGAAAACCAGGAAACCAAUCUGUAAUACUAAUAAAACCAUGGGCAGGACAAGGAAGACAGACAAGCUGUGAGCUCUGGACGACAGUGUGAAAACUACCAUAACGUGUAUCUUCAGCAAGUGUCCAGUGGUAGUUGUUAUCACACAAUGCUGCACAAUCUUCCUUGGUUUGUCAUACUUUGCUCACAGUUUUUUGAGUAACCUGGGAAUUGCACACCCAAGGUCCUAUUAAGCAUAGGGUCCGGCCCGUGGCUCAAAGGCAACAUCAUCUCCGUGAGGGUCAGAUGGAACCGUUUGACAAGGCAAGUGGGUAUCCACUCAGCCUGCAUGAACACACAGGUCUCUGUUCCCAUGUGUCUGAGCCUCAGUCAGGAGUUGCCUAUGUAGACUUUUCUGGAAGAGCAAUAAAUGGACACCCUUUAUAGCACAGCUGCUUCUCCUUACGGACAUCCAUGGAACAGGUGACUGCAUGACCUGACUUCAUUGUGGACAAGAUACGGUGUUUUAACCUCUGCUCCACAGUUAGUCGUGAUUUUUUUUUUCCAAUUUGUAUUCAUAGUACUCACUUGUUAAGUCUCGGUGCAGAGGACAUCAUUCAUCAGGCAUUUCUAGGCAUUUCCCGUACAAUCUUUGAAAAGACUGGACUUUUCUUUGAAAGAACAUCCUUGGGUUAGUCUGGCCCUUGGGAUGUAGACCAUCUUCCUUCAUGUGUGUAGCAUGAAGUACAAAGUGGCCUGCAGGAGCUCUAGAAGUCCAGACGUAAAGGCUCUCGUGCCUAAGGAUGGUCCUAGUCUGUCUCGGGCUGCGGGGAGGUACAUUUGGCAGUGAAGUUUGGGAGAAUCCGCCUGUUCAUCAGCUCCACGGAAAACAGAAGAUUCCAGAGUUGUCUAUCUCAAGCCUUUCACAAAAAUGACCUGCAAUUUAAAAUACUAUUAAUUAUUUAGAUUAAGAAUAAUAAUGACUAACACCCUCGUGCUAAAGCUGAAAGUCUGCACGAGUUUAAAACAAUUCUUCUCUUUUGUGUGCUGGGCAGGACACAAUCUUUUUUAUACUAAAUAAUAUUGCAGUGCUGGCUGGUAAUAACUUUCUGUCCUUAACUGCAAAAAGAAAAGAGAAAGAAAUUGGUUCGGAGAAUUUUGCAAAUUAUUUUCUUUCGGGAAACCACCAAAGAAGGUGAAAGCCAACAGUAUGCUACAAUAUUAUACACUGACCUCCCCCAAAUGUCUCUGUGAUAAUACAAAUACAAGCUGCUGCAGUUGGAUCAGCUAAGCUAGUGUACUGAUAAAUGGGCUUUACGAAAGAAAUAAUUUUAAACAGAGUGCUGUCUAUUCACUAAAAUGAAUAUUACUGCUGGCACAAACGUAUUCUCCUUGGUUUAUGUACUGGAGCCAGGAGUGGUGGUUUGUAUUCCUAUUCUGCCCAUGUUUUUUUUCACUGUCCUGGGCAAACCUCUGUGCAAUUUUGUUUUCCCAUUCUACAACACGGAGGGAUGCUCUCUAUCAAUAGAAAGCACUUUGGAGUCUGUGCAUAAAACAGAUCAAUAUCAACUCUUUGUGUUAUUAUUUAAGUGAAAUAGGCUUAAUAUAGCUGCUCUUAUUUACACAACUAGGGAGAUGACUCUUGUAAAUUAGGGCUCUUUUUUGUUACUGGUUUGUCUUAGUUCCUUAGAGAUAUUGAAACAGAAUGCACUGCGCUUCUGUAAAGACAUCUCCAACAGAAGAUGGGAUGACAGUGCAAAUGUUAAGGUCUUCGUUUGUUAUUUAAGAGCUAGCUAGUAAUUGCAGCAUUCACACGAACACUUCCUCUUUUUUAUAUUGGAAAUAAAUAGUUAUGAGGAAGAGAACGAAAUAGCAUUCAUUGGUUCAACUUUUUUGGCCAAGCCUGCAAACAAAUCCCUAGGUACCAAUUAAGUGAGAUGCUGUGUGAAGUCACAAAGAUGCAUCCGUGGCAAACAUUGGGUCAACUCACUGCCCAGCUAUGGAAACAAAAGAGGCGACCACAUGCUUGGGAUCAACGGGCUCCAAAGGGGAACUCCAGGUUUUCUGGAGAAUCAGCGGUCCUGUAGAGAAGAUUAACUUCCAGAGAAGAAACAUUUCAGGUAGUGGCUGGAUGACAAAUGUGUUUUCCUUUCUCAUCACCCCACACGCAGCUGUUAGAUAUGUUUAUUAGCAAGCUCAACCGAGUUACGUUUCAUGUGUAUUGAAUGCGGUCUCCCUUAAUUGCAUUUCUUUUAAACACUGGACACUCUUCUAAAAGACUUAACAUUUUAGCCUUUUGAAGGUGAAAGUUGUAAAAACUUUAUUUUGUGUUUCUGAGCAAUGUAGAUAGACCUAAAGAUUUCAUGAACUAUCAUGUGGUUGCCCGUAUCUGACUAAUAAUUAAAUUGUAAAAUUGCAGUCUCAUAUUAGGGUUAGUCUUUUCACCUGCUUUAAAAAUUAAAAAUCAUAUUUGGUAUAUAAACGCACACAGAAUAUCCUUCUGAUUGAAUUUCAAGAGCAUAUCCAGGAUUAAAUGUCUUUAAGCACUUCUAAUACUGUAGUCUAUAAGAGGAGCAGACACUUCUAAAGCAAUGUUAAAAGUUGUCUUUCAUAACUGACUCAACAGAUCAUUUUUGUAAUAAAUUAAAGCAAGUGUUCUCAAUUAGAAGAGCUAGUGGCUGUUGGUAUUGUACAAAAAAAAAAAUCAUUCUAGUAUCCACAGGGUUAGGGGUGGGGAGGGUCUGUUUGGUUUUGUUUCUCUUUCCAGGGAGAUCUUUAACAUUGUUUGAUGAAGCUAGUUUCAUUUUGAGAUUGUUACUGAAGAUAAAGGCUUCUGUGUUCUAUGGCUGCUUGGAUUCUUCGUACAUAAUGUCCUAGUAAUGUCACAGUGCUGCUGUAUCUAGAUCAAACCACUGUUUUGAUUGUUUUUUUUGGCUUUGUUUUUUUUUAAUAAAUUCCUUAAUUUAAA